AUGGAUGAAGAAUUCUUUGUGACUUAUUUCUCUGCAACUUUAAACAGUUUAGACAUCAAAAUGGACGCUUUAGCAGACAUAUUGCAGCCGUACAAGGAGAUCGUGGGCAAUGUUGCAGCCAUAGUGACUAUCGGUCAGAUGUUCUCUGGCACCUUCAUCUGUUACGACAUCUACAAGCAAAAGGGCACCAAAGGCAUCGGGAUGGUACCAUUCUUGGGUGGUAUUGUUCUGAGUAUUCUCAACUUGAAAUACGGUUAUAUUCUUCGUGACGAUACCAUGAUCCAAGUCAACUUGUUUGGUUUAGCCCUCAACAUCUUAUAUUGCCUAUUCUACUUCCAAUACACCCAUGAAAAGAUGAAGGUCUGGGGACAGAUGGGUCUUGCGGGUGCAUUAUCGGCAGGGCUCAUAGCAUAUGCCCAAGCUGAAGACCCAGCGCUGGUUGAGAAUAGAUUUGGAAUGAUAAUUACUGCGCUUAUGUUUCUUCUGAUCGCAGCACCGCUUUUUGGAUUGAAAGACAUAAUCAAGAAACAGAGCACAGAAGGUAUGCCUUUCCCCAUGAUACUCUCCGGUACCGUCGUGACCUUCGCGUGGCUGGUAUACGGCAUUAUCCUCAGAAACAAGUUCUUGGUUAUCCAGAACAUGGUAGCUGUUCUAUUAUGCUCAGUUCAGCUGGCGUUAUUUGCCAUUUAUCCUUCCAAACCCAAAGGCAAUAAUAAAAAGGCGAAAGCGAAGAAAAUCAACUAA